AGUUUCUUUUAGGCCCCGCCCACCCGAGCAUCUUCCUGCUCAAUUAACUCCCACUCACCUUCGAGGUUAUCCUGGAGGAACGAGAUUUUCAAGAUGUAAGAAGACUUCUCCACCAGAGGUCGCCAAAGAUGAGUUACUUUGCUCCCUCAUCCAAGCAAACAGUCCAGCAAGAGAUGAAGGCCAACGAUUAAUUUGAAGGAGGACGACCCCUUGAUGAGGGGGGGGGAGGAAGAGGAGGAAUGCGACCUCCUCGUUCAUCAGCGACUCGUUCGCUCUCGCAGCAGUACUCAUCUUCGUCUCGUCAACCAGGAGGAAGAAAAUAAGGAUGACGAGGAAGAUGGCCAAGAAGUGCGGCUUCUACCUCGUGUUUCUUCUCCUUUUUCUCCCUGCGUGCCAGUCGGCGCACGGCCGCUACGCUCACAAACUGCUGCGCGACUUAUUAGCCAACUACACCAACGCCUUGCGGCCGGUGGCAGACACGGAGCACGUCAUCAACGUGACGCUGCAGGUCACGCUGUCGCAGAUCAUCGACAUGGAUGAGAGGAACCAGAUCCUGACGACCUACCUGUGGGUACGGCAGGUGUGGAUGGACGCCUUCCUGGCCUGGAAGAAGGACGACUACGACGGGCUGGACACCAUCCGCAUCCCGAGCAGCUACGUGUGGCGGCCCGAUAUCGUCCUGUACAACAGCGCCGAUGACGAGUUCUCCAGCUCCAUGGAGACCAACGUGGUUCUGAGGCACGACGGUCAGGUGAUGUGGGACCAGCCGGCCAUCACCAAGAGCUCAUGUUCGGUAGAUGUGGCCUUCUUCCCCUUCGACGUGCAGCAGUGUCAUCUCACGUUCGGCUCCUGGACUCACAACGGCAACCAGAUGGACUUGUUCAAUGCCUUAGACAGCGCCGACCUGGCGGAUUUCAUCGCCAACGUGGAGUGGGAGAUCCUGGGCAUGCCCGCCAAGAAAAACGUGAUCCUAUACGGGUGCUGCUCGGAUCCGUACCCGGACAUCACCUUUACCUUGCACCUGAAGCGGAGGUCCUCCUUCUACAUCUUCAACCUGCUCCUUCCUUGCAUGAUGAUCUCCUUCCUGGCCCCGCUGGGCUUCUAUCUGCCGGCCGACUCCGGAGAGAAGGUCUCGCUGGGGGUCACCGUCCUGCUGGCGCUCACCGUCUUCCAGCUGCUGGUGGCCGAAAGCAUGCCGCCGUCCGAGAGCGUCCCGCUCAUCGGAAAGUACUACAUCGCCACCAUGCUGAUGGUGACGGCGUCGACGGCGCUCACCAUUUUCAUCAUGAACAUCCACCACUGCGGCCCCGAAGGACGUCCCGUGCCGGCUUGGGCCGAACGCUUCAUCCUCAAAUACUUGGCCCGCGUGUGUUUCGUGCACGAGGCGGGGGAGGCGGACGAGAACCCGCGGGAGGAAUCCGACGGCAGCAAGUGCAACGGGGAGGCGCGCGGGUGCGACAGGAGCGUGCAGAAGGAUGACACCUUCGUCGUCCUGGAGGAGAGCGCAGACAGCGGCGAUGGCGAGCGGUCGGGAGGCGUGGCGGAGAGCGGGAAGGAGGCGUGCGGCGCGUGCCGACAUCAGCGAGGACUGCGCCGCAACGUGGAGUACAUCGCCAGCGCCUACCAGGACCAACGCAUCGCGCAGGUGCGCGUUGGGGAAUGGAGGAAGCUAGCCAAGGUCAUGGAUCGAUUCUUCAUGUGGCUCUUCUUUAUCAUGGUCUUCAUCAUGAGCGUCCUCAUCCUGGGCAAAGCCGUCUGAUGCGCACUUCUGACCACUGCCAAUUAGUCACGUGACAAAUUAAACAUGUCCCCCAAA